GUGAUCUCGUUCUUCAUCUUCCUCCAACCUCCGUUCCCGACGGUCGGCGACAGAGAGAGGAGAUCAGCGAGGAGAGAAGCCAGAACCCACUUCCCUCCUUCCGAAAAACCCAUCUCAGGUCUCCAUUCUUCUCGUUCGUCUUCUUCCUCCAACCUUCGUUCCCGACAGUCGGCGAAUCCAGCUUGUUCCAAGAGACCUUCCGAAAAACCCAUCUCAGAGAGAGGAGAGCAGAGAGGAGAGAAGUGCGAACUCAGCUCGUGACCCCUUCCGAACCCAAGAUCUCAGCUAUUAUGUCUGGAAGUAGUAUCCCUGCUAUUAAGUGGUCAGAAUUUGAGACCACUGUUCUCAUUGAAGUAAUGAAAGAAGCUGUACAAAAUGGUCACAAAUCCGGUAAUUCAUUUAACAAAACUGGAUGGGAGAACAUUACAAAGCAAUUUCAACAGGCUUUAAAUCGUUCAGUCGGGAGAGAACAGUUACGCAAUAAGAUGAACAAGUUGAAACAAGAGUAUCAACAGUUCAAGAGACUGCUUGACACAACUGGAUUUGGGUGGAACCAAUGACAAAAGCAGUCACAGUUGAUGAUGAGUCCGUAUGGGAUAGGGCAAUACAGGCAAAUCCAGGUUGGUUGAAAUACAAGAAGUAUGGACUAAACAAUUGGCCAGAUUUGAGCAUGGUAUUUGGGGAUGCAUAUGCUACAGGUAACUUAGGGGUUGCCAGUGCUCAAGAUUUUGAUGACAUCGAAGCUGUUAAUACAGUUGAUAUUGAGCAAUUCUCUCACUCCCCCAGUACCCCGGUGCAUAUAAGCAUGAAUGACCCCUUCCAUGAGGAUACUCAUACUCCAACUCAGACCACCACAAAACGAAGCCUUGAUAGGACACCUACGGGGGGUGUUUAAAAUGCUAUGGUCCAAAGUGCUCUUGGCUGAUAAAGUAACUUCUUAACUGAUGUCUUCCCCCAAAUUAUUUAACUCUUCCGCAGAUUAUUGCGGCUUUUUGCAUCUACAAUCAUGUUUUCUUACCAGAUGAAAUUAUAUAGUUUAAUUUUUUUUUAAUGUUAGAAGUUAUAUGCAAUUGAUUGUUGUGAAUUUUAGGCUACGGUCUCCAAAGAAUUUGGCACAUAAAUUAGACAUUUAAAAGUGUACUUCAUGCAUCUAAAUAUAAAAUAAAACAAAAUCAUCCAAUCACACACUAAUCGUGUACUUUGAUUCUUAGAAUUAGUGUUCCUUGAAUUGGAUUGAGUAUGGUGAGGUAUUCCUCAAAAAGUAAAUAAAUAAAUAAAACUGAAUAAAUACAUCAGAAAAGCUCAAAUUUUGCAAACAAUACCACUUAAAAGUAGAAAGAUUUAGAAGUCUAGUCAUAUGUGCUCCUGCAUCAAAACUCACUUCCCAAAAACAUGAUGAACUCACUAUAAAAUCAACAUGAAACAGUAACUCCAAAAUUUGGUUACAGUGGAUUUGGCCUUCCUUUACUUGAUCCUAUUCUCAUGUUCUUCAAGAUUUAUAACAUUACAAACUGUGGUCAACUCUUAUCGGAUAUUUGAAUACUUAUCAUGUGGAUCGGAAUUGUUGAGGUGGACGGGUCAGAUUCAAAGAGAGGACUCUCCUACCAACUCCGAUCUUGAUCCCAUACAACCCGAUCAAUUAUCUGAAACCCCAAAAAUCCUCAUUCUUGAUCUUCUUCCCCUUUACCUUAUUUUGAAACCUGAAAUCCUCUAUUACCUCCCUCAGUCUCUGAAAUCGACUCACUGUAGAGGCUGAAUGAAGCUCUUCUCCUCCAUUUUCUCCCGCCGAACCUCUGUUCCACCACUAUAGCCAUCACGACUAGAAAACACAAACCCCAAAAACCCCUGAAAAGGAAACCCAAACACCCGACGCAAAACAGAGAUCGACACCGAUAAGCUAUUCCGAAACUCUAAAAAGGGACGAUGAUAACAUAAACGCAUCCUCCAUGGACCAUUAAGCAAGGAAGCAGUUGAUCUUAAUCCACCUGAUGGCCGGCUCUGCCAUUGAGGCAGUGGCGCAGCGGAAAAAAAAGGUAAGAAAUCAGCUAGAGGUUCUACAUUCGGUUCCACUCUGAAACGAUUGGGAGCCUUGUUGUUGGGUUGGAUUUGAGGUUUUAACUUGGGAGAGAGGGAAGAGAUAGGAAUCCUUCCUUCCAGAUUCUCCCCAUUUUGUCACUUUGCUGUUCUGCCUUCUUUCUACUAUCUACCGUAUCUGAGAUCUCCUACCUGGCUGAUCAAUGUGUUCCUCAAUACAGUACGUGAUUUCAUUACCAUCAUACUGGAGAAAAAGGCUCUUGCAGGUUUAAAAACUUCGUUACAAAUCCAAGCAGUUGAAUUGAUUUGAUGUUUCCUCCAUUUUCUUUCCUAAUGUAUGCAAUCGUGUGCUUCUUUUCAUUUGUAUGCUCCCUCUCUUUGCGGUAGAUUUAUUGAUGUAGUGGGUUUGGUUUCAACAACUACGUUUGUGUUAGUGGAGUGAAUAUGACCAUAAUUACAGGUCCAAUUAUAUUGGAUGAAGCUGUUGCAGCCUCAGAGGACCAUAAUUUCCGUACCAGGUCUUAAGUUCCAGCUUGCACUUCGGUUAAUGAUCAAACCAUGUAGGCUCCUUUUGGAGUCCUUUAGAAGUGGUCCUCGAAUUUCAGCAGAUUGGCAAUCUGUUUGCCACAUCACAGAUUUUUUUUUUUUUUUUUUUUUUAUGUAAUUUACAUUUCUCAUGGCCUUCUUCAUUGUUACUUGAUAAGUGUUCAAAGUAAUUGAUUGUUUAUUGAUAAUUGUUACUUGACAUGUUUGAUUCAAAGUUCAAACAGAUUCCUUGGAAGUGUCCUAUAAUUUAUUCUGAGAUCGGAAUGGAUGGUUUGAAUAUAAUAUGUAGGUAGUUGAGACUUGAGAGCCUAGACAAAGUGGUGAAUUUAUGUGUGUACAUUGCCAUAUUUUUUGUCUUAUAUUUUUCAAAUCUAAACGUUUGAAACCUGUAUCUUCUGUUUCCUAUUUUUUGCUGCUCCCAAAAAUUUUGACUGAUUUUUUUUAUCUUCCUGUUUAAAAUUCUGAACCAUUUUAAACACCCCCCGCGCGUUUAACUAAGUACUCUCGACCUCAAGGGGAGAAUGAAGACAAAGAGAAAAGAAGAGGGUGUCGCUGAUUACUUAUGAAGUAUCAGAGACGGAAAAGAAGCAUGACAUGGUUAUGUCUCUCCAUCCAUCCUUCUUCCUCUUCCCUAUCUCUGGCAAUAGCAACGUUUGUUCUGCUGCUGAAAUUAUUCUGGCAGAAGCAAUGGUUGAUUUUCUGUUAUCUUCUACUUCAUCCUCUUUCUCUCUCCUUCCUUCCUUCCUUCCUUCCUGUGGUGAUGCCUGAUAAAGUUAUUUCCCUCCUCAGGUUCGGACAGAGCUCGACCUUUUUGUAGCAGGUUGUGGCAAGAGAAGAGAAGAAGAGGAAUUUGAAUUACAAUAUUUCUCAUCUUCUCUAGAUAAACACUGAAUUGUUGGAGAGCUCGAGUGAAGUUUAAGUAGUGCACUACACAGUGAAAUUCAAAAAGUCCAAGAAACUUUAUCUGCAAUCGAUCAGUGGCUCUGAUGGAGACCAAGGUUGAAGGGAACCAAUUGCUAAGUCGGCCUAAAUGGAGAAAAGUGGCAUAUGGCGGGAUGCAACCAGGAUAUGAUGACAAUUACACUGAUGAGUCUUUCCUUGAAGAAAUGGUCAUGAAUGCCAAUGUGGUCAAGCGGGACAUGUUGAAGGUGAUGCAGGAUUCUGUUUCCAUCUCUCAGUAUCUGUGCAUUGUUGCUCUUGUAGUCUGUGUUUGGACUUACAUGCUUGGUUCCACCAUUGAUGUGGCUUCUCUCAUGCUGCUUGAUGUGAUCCUUCUGGGAGUAGGCUUCUUAGUGCUCCUCACUACUACAGAGAAGGUCUCCAUUAAUCUUCUCUCUCAUUAUUUUCUCAAUGUUGCUUUCUUUGUAAGUGGGUUGUAUGUUUUGGCUCCUAUUUACCACACACUCACUAGGUCCAUCAGCUCUGACUCCAUUUUGGCACUCACAGCAUCACUUCUUGUAGUCCAUCUCUUUUUGCAUGACUACUCAGGGUCCACAAUAAGGCCACCUGGGGCUUUGAACAAUCCAACCUUCACUGGCAAUGUCUCUUUAAAUGCUUCUAUUGUGGCUUCUGUUUUAAUUGCUUCUCGCCUCCCGUCGAGGCUUCAUGUGUUUGCCAUUAUGCUUUUCUCCUUGCAGGUCUUCCUUUUUGCCCCACUGCUUACAUAUUGUAUCAAGAAGUACUCCUUUAGGCUGCACCUUUUGUUUUCUUUUUGUUUGAUGACUGUGACCUUAGGGUUGGUUUUCACAUUGCAACGGCUGCUGUUUGCAUUUUUACUAGGUCUUUUGGUAUUUGUCACGGUUGUCUGCCCUUAUUGGCUUAUAAAGAUACAAGAGUACAAGUUUGAGAUAAAUGGUCCUUGGGAUGAAGCAAAGCUUUGUUUUGAUAUAACAGAAUGACAUAUUGUUUUUGAGCUUCAGAAGUUUCAGAAAAAGCUUCAGAUUAGCAUGAAAUUCAGGCUGUCUGGUCACCUAUGAGUUCUUAGUUGAGGCUGGCCAUUUGCAUUGCGCAUUUUUGUAUUGUGUGCAAUGAUACCUUGCAAUCCAUUGAUCACUGGUUCAUAGGCCAUAUUCUCAGAGAAAAAUGAUCAAAGUUCUUUGAACUUCUUGAUGUUCAGAGCAUCAAUUCUUCCCUUGGCUUCCCCAGAUAUGAUCUGGACAGGUUCCAAAUUCAAUUGUAAAAAUGUUUCUGUUACAGAGUGUUUAUUAAUGUCAUAUUGUUUGCAUCUGACCGAAAAAGGAAAAUCAUCCAGACCUGCUGGGUUGCCUCUGUUACCAUUGAGAAAAUGUUGAUGAUAUUCAGUUUCCAUUCUGAAGCUAGGCUGUACAAAUGGUUGAGAUAUUAUUCUGAUGUGCUAUCCUGAUUCGGGUUGUGGAAGGACCAUCAUGAAGCAGAGUAAAAGAGAACUGCCUCUGCAUCUGGAUUUUUUUUUCUUCUAAUUCUUGACUCUGAUACAUCAGUAGAUUUGUAAAUUUGAGCCUUAUUUUGAUUAAGGCUAUCUGUAAAGACAUGCCAAAGGCAGCAUUUUUUUUCAAGGUAUUCUAUGGUUGACCACAGUUUGUAAUGUUAUAAAUCUUGAAGAACAUGAGAAUAGGAUCAAGUAAAGGAAGGCCAAAUCCACUGUAACCAAA